AAUCUAAUCAAUAGUAAAAUAAAACCACAUUUAUUUUUGUCUGGAAUUGAUAGUACCUCAUUUGGAGAAGAGAUGAAUGGUAGGAAGCUAUGAGAGGCGAAAAAAGGCAAUUGUGUUGUUUUUUAAUCUAGAAAUUUUUAAAAUAUGAAUAAAACUAAUUAUUAGAUGCUAUUUACUUAAAAAUAAACGAUUAAAACAUCUUAUUUGAUCAAGUCUGCAUGUAAUAAGUGAUUUUAGAGGCGCCACUCUUUACAAAUAAAUAUUGCUGAAUUUUGUUAUAUAUUCGGUUUGUUUUUGACUUCUGAGAGUUUAUAAAACCGCGAAACUUUUAUGAAAGCGAGUAUAUUUGCUGUUGGGAAUUGUGGUAAUCAUUUUGACUUUUGGUGUGCGCCAACAAAAUUUUCGAUGAAACAGUUGGCGUCUCCAGUUAAAAAUAAACGGAGCGCUCACCGGUAGGUAGUCAUAACAGUGUUUAAAGGAAAAUUCAAAAGCUAUUUCAGUCUACACACCGUUCAAGAAUAAUCCUGCAAACUUCCUGCGUCAUAGUUUAAAUGUUACGUGUUGGAUGAUCUGCUACGGGAUGUCACAGUUACUGAGUCACAUUUUAUACUUGUGUAUGAAGUAGUUGUUCUGAUUGUUUAAUGAUCGAACUUUGAAAAUAAAUUUUGCAAAAAAUAGGCAGUCAAGGAUAUCGGCUAUUCCAACUUCGCUAACUGCAAACAUGGCAAAUACAUCACAUUUUCGAAAUUGACACAUAUCCAAAUUAAUGACCAACAAAUGUACAAUAAAUUAAUUUUAUUAAUGUCUCCAAAAUAUAUAAUUUUAGAAAUGUCUUGAUUUGUCUGUGAAAUUUAUCACCUACAUACACGUAAUAAGCAUGAUACAUGCAAAACUUAGAUCACACGUAUCUUAAAUUGGUGAUAUCACUUGGUACUAAAAAGGUAAAUCUGCAAAAGGUAUCUACCUAAUUAUGGCGUUCCUAUUUAAUUCAGAUUUCAAGUAUGGUAUAUGAGCUUUUCCCUGUUUUACUUUUAUUGUGCUGUUUUGAGUACACCCAUACGUGUACGAAAUAUUUUUGGCAAUUUAUGAACUCCUACAGGACAUUUUCGUAUUAUGUAACUCAUAAAAGUCGAGAGCAAUAAAGGACAUAAUUUCUUUGCCCAAAUCCUCCCUUAGAUUAAAGUGCUUUUGAUGUGACGUUUUAGCUAAUAGCCAACGUACAAAAUUCUGUUUGGGUUUUUUAUUAAUUUCGUCCCUUCCAAACUCUUAACCAGAAAAGUUUCUUUUUCCCAAAACACCAAAAGAAUGAAGAUAAACUUGUUUUGCCCAAAAUGCUCUAUUUUAAUUAAAAAUCCAACACAAUAAAAUAAUAAUUAAUAUCGCAGUGGACAUAAUUUUGAAACCCAAUCAAUAAAAGGAUUAUUCCAAUGAUCUUCAUUGAAUUUUGCACAUGUAUUGUAAUAUUUAUUUAGAUCGUUUUCUCGCGACCAAUUGGAUGAUGACGCAUCACGUAAUAGAGAAUUUUACUUUUUUUUUGAGAAAAUAAAUCACUUCAAAGCCCCAUCGCUAAAUAAGUGACUUAAACGUUCUACCACAAAUUAACUAGUGGAAAUAACAACGCUUAUAAAUCGAUUCGAUGAGUUUUAAUUGCUCAUAAAUGUCGCGUUAAAGCUGAAAAUCCAAAAUCGAUUAUUAUUUUAACGAUUUUAUUGGUUGCGGUUUGAAAUUUGAACGGCAAUCAAAAUGGAAAUUAAACGACCUCGGAAGAAAGGAUUAAACACACUAAUCAUCUAAUCAGUGGUUAAUUGUCUAAAUUAGGUUUGUGUUGUAUUCGAGUCAAUAAAUUAAACUCAUAUUAACUGAAUACAAUAAAAUGAUAUUCAACUUUUUAAAAAAUGUGUAAUUUAUAUUUGAUAAGUGUAAAACAUUGUACAUAGGGCAGUCAGCUAGAUCCAUUAACACCAGACUGAAAGAACACAUUCACGCAAUAGCAUUUAGUAGAAUUCAUUAAUCUUCAAAUGCAAAAGAAUAUAAAUAACAAUAAGUAGCAAUGUAAACAUUAAGAACAAUUCUAUAUCUUUUGAUAAUGACUUAAUAGCCGAAACAAUUUCGUUGGGAAGUUUUAUUAGUUUAUAAAAUUAUCCCAAGUGUUUUGUAGGUACAUACAAUUUGUUAUAAAACAUGUUUCCGAGUGAAUUCACCACAAAAAGCAUCAAUUAAAUAGAAAAUGUUCAGUUGCACUGGUUUAUUAGUAAAUAAAAACUCUUUAUAUACUUCUAGCUAAUCAAUUGCGUAUCGCAUUGUUUUAAAUUCGGUGACCUUUUCAUGUUUAUUUGCCACCAAAUAUCGUUAACCCGUUAAAUGUUUUCUUAAGCGGUGAAAAACACAUUGGAAGUAAGAAAAAAAAAAUAGAUAAAAAUGAAAAACUCUAAGUCAGUUUUAUUGGUCGCGGAUAUCCUUUCGAUGACUGCAGAAAAGCGAGUAGCCGUUUCAGUUGGCUCUGUAUCUGUUUGCGACGCCAAGCGUCCCGACGACGGAACGGUAGCGCGCUUGGAAUUGGCGACAGCGCGACGUGCAAUCAGUAGCUGCCCGCGGGCUUCAAAAUAAACUAAGCAGUGAAAGUGGUUAUGUUCACAAUCAGUUGCUUUUCUUCUGAUACUAAUUGAUCUUUUUUUUUAAUUUAAUUAUUAGUGUUUAAUUUUCAUAUUUUCUACAUACAUAAACAACUUUCUUGUUAAAAUAGGAAUCCCCUGGCUAGUGACAAAUGCCGAUCGAAAAACUUUCGAAGUUCAUUUCGUCCAGUUGAAUGGUGUGAUGUGAUUUGCGAUUUAUUACGUGAUUAAACUUACUGACUCAUUAGUGAAAUGUGAUAAUAUUUACAUCUAUUUAAUCAUCUAAAACUUUUUAUUAAACAUAAACAUCAUCCUCAAUCAUCAUCAAACGAAAUGGAGAAAGGACGAACAACCCCAUCAGACAGUCGUUCUAUUAAAUCGUCUGGAAGUGGUCAAAAAAUACCGAAAGUGACCAUCAAAAGUCCCGGAAUAAAGACCAAAAAACCUCUUCGUCUUCACAUUCCUAAUACUCCAGGCAGUUUUUCGGGUCCUGCGGGUUUUCCCCCGGGAACGGCUUAUACCGCUGCAACCGCGAAUCCCUAUACAGCAAAUAUCACCUUAACGCCCGGUGCAGCGACAGCGGGGGUGGAUCCGUUCUACAACCCUCGCAAAGCCUCGCAAUUCAUGUUCCACCAGUUUAGUGGAAUCAGAGAUUUUGCAAAAUCGGGUCUAAGUAUAGGGGAGAAAAGUACCCUUUGGUUGUACCACAAGCUCAGUUCUUGGAGCAAAAGAUGGUUCACGCAUAUGUUCCUUACCGUUGUCCUUAUAAUUUAUACUGUCGGAGGGGCCCUUUUGUUUAUCUACAUUGAAGGAAGAAAUGAGAGUAGUACCCUUACCAAUCUUCGGAACGAAAGAAAAAAGUUGAUAUACGAUUUGAAGAAGUUGUGCGAUAUGCCGGACAGAUUGUCGGAAGGAGAAUGGCUUGGCGAAUCAAUAAGGCGAAUCGAAGAAUUUCAACAGUAUGUUAUCGAAGAUUAUGUUAACAAUCCACUUACUGUGAAGAAUAACGAAAAAGUUUGGACACUUCUCGACUCCAUUGUUUAUUGCGCAACUAUAUACACCUCAAUAGGUGAGUUAAUAUUAAUAAAUUAUAAAAUCUUUCAAAAAUAUUUUAAAGUUUUUAUUUUGGUGGAGGCGCCGCACAUAUAAUUAUACUUUAAUGCACACUCAGUGAACAUUAAUCGUUAUUUACUUCUAAAUAAAAUAACUGGCAGGUACAUUUCAUUUGAUUGCCACACGAUACUUUUGAAAAUGCUCGUCUAUAUUUUCUUGUAAAACGUUCACGAAAAUGCAUAUAUUCUUAUGGCGCGCAUUUUAAUCACAAACGCGUGAGCCGUGUUACCAAUCGUCCCGCACUCUUUUUCAAUGAACGUAGAAUGCCGACAAGUUUGAUUUGAUGUAAUAAUAUGUUGCGACCUAGACGAACAUUGUUUCCGAAUUGCUAUAUUAAAAUAUUGUAUUUUCUCACCUUUGGCAUCUUGAAGAUCGAGCUAUUUUUUAAGAAACUUGUAAAUCGUAAAAAUAUUGAAUUACAACAGUCUAUUCUUAAGUGUAGGUACAUGUCCUUGAAACAUAAUCCCGAUAACAAAAAAUCUUUUCACGAUCUCAUGAAAAACUAGCUGACGAAACUUUCUGAAUUUAUCUUCUCAUAUUGCAAACCCAUGAAACGUACACCUAAAUUGGUAAUGCAAUAUUGGAAAACGCGAAAACAAAAAGAAAAAUAUAUAAAUUAACAAGGAUAAUAAUGAAUUUAUAUAAAAAUUACGUAGUAAAGCGAAGAAAGCGACUAAUCACUAAUCAAUUCUGGUUUAAAAUGAAGGCAGAACAGUAACAACAAC